GAGGAAAUCACUGUUUCCGGAAGGGAUUCGUUAUUUUUGGUUGGGGGACAAUUAGUUCGUCGUAACUGGCGAGUAGGUUCAACGAAUAACCAAUAUGUCGUUUAUCUUUCGGGGAAUCAGAGGUCUAGCAAAUCCUCGUUGUGGACAACCUGUUGAUUUGCCUACCGGAAUAAUGUACAGCCUGAAGCAAAUGUCAUACAUUGUGCAGUUUGCAUUUUCAGUGGUUGUUAUAGCAAUGUUUUCACAAGUGAGAUUUUACCUCUACCGUCACUUUAAGUGUUCUUUCGGUGGCCAUUGGGAUUACGCCACGAACAGUGAAGUUUCUGGUCCCGCUGGUUAUUGCCGUUACUUUAUUGCACUGGGGAGUAUAUCCAUCGUAUUAUUAGCUUUGAUUGCUGCCGCCACGUUUGGAACUUUGUACUUUGAAGUGCCCAUGGACUAUGUGUUUUAUGGAGAAUGGGGAGUCAAUGCCUUUUUGUUUAUUUGGUGGGUUAUCGGUGCUGCCAUUAUUACUGCUCGACGACCUUCAGAUGAGUUGAUGCAACAACAGAACAACUUGCGCGAAGUUGUAGUUUCCAUUGGAUUUGCUUGGACUAUAUUCUUUUUAACGAUGUCCAAUAUUGUGUUUAGCGUGGGAAUAUAUUUCCAACGCAAAGCAGUUCUUUUGGAAAGGGAAGAAGCGGAAAAGGAAGCUCGAAAGAGGAAGAAGUGAGAAGGACCACUUGCCACAUUUGUGUUUUUGUGUUUGUGUGAUAUCUGUUUUUGCUCGAAUAUCCGUAUCAAUAAACUGCUUGAAUAACUAGUCAAUUGUUGCAUAC